CGAGGGAAGAUCUUUGAAAAGGUGCAGUUUGACCACACAUCAGAAUGUGACCAGACUCGAGUUGUACUCACAUUUCUGCUCCCGGUAGUAAAGGCACGUUGGUGGGUUUCGCUGAUUCACGGUAAUACUUUAAAAAGGUUUUUGUCACGUUCAGUAAAAUUUAAAUCACUUCUGCCUUCAGAUUGACCUCAAUUCUUGCAAUUUUAGACUUUCAGGCUUAGCCUGUCAUCGUUUGUGUUUACCGACUCCGCCACAAAUCAUUUUAGCAUCUGCUGAUUCUCUUAGCCCUGAACGUGAAGCCGACCCACAACCAGCCGCUCAUUAGCCCGCUGACCUUUGGGCUCUUUUUAUGCCGCUGUGAGAGUUAUAAAGAUGAACAGUAGAAGGGGCUGUUUAGAAGACGGAACAUGGAAUCCAACAGACUCCUACAUGCGAGUCUGCCGUUGUUAUUCCUCGUUACCUGGAGUUACGGAGGACACGUCAGGAACGACGAGCUGCAUCUGGAUGGACCUGCUCUGAAAAUGGACCAGGCUCUGCUCACGUUUCACAACCAGCUUCCAGAAGAAGUGCAGAUCUUCUACACAUCAGAUCACUGCUACAAGUGUGUGUACCAGCAGCUCGUUACAGUGAAGCCCAACAACAACUCGUCUGCAACAAUCAGCACAGUUUUCACCCUCUCGCUGCAGGUGGAAUCACGAAUGAGCAAUACGACUUUGUGCAGGUGGAGUCAGACGUAUGAGGAAGGAGGUCGUUACUCCGUCUGGAUCCAGGUGCCGCUGGCCUUCUCGCAACCACAAUGCAAUUUCUCUGUGGAUAAAAACCCAAACAAUGCAACCCUGCCUCUCCUGGUGGCUGCUCUCCUACUGGCUAUAAUUGCUCUCCUAUUUGUUGCGACACCCUACAUCUGCAGGAGACAUUGUACAUCAAAGUUUAUUAAGACCAUUUGCUGCCAAGGUCCACAGUACUCUUUGGAAGAUGACAGCUGUGAAUCUGUGCACGAUACCGUUAAGGCUAAAUCGUCUCGCCUGCUCUCUCUGGACACAUUCAGAGGGUUUGCCAUCACAGUCAUGGUGUUUGUGAACUACGGAGGAGGAGGCUACUGGUUCUUCCAACACGCUCCUUGGAAUGGUCUCAUGGUGGCAGAUCUGGUGAUGCCCUGGUUUGUGUUUAUAAUUGGCACUUCAGUGGUUUUGGCCAUCAGCUCCAUGCAGAGGAGAGGAGUUACUCGCCUGCAGCUGCUGAGGAAAAUUACCUGGAGAACGGCCGUGUUGAUGAUGCUUGGCUUCUGCUUCCUCAACUACUCUCCAAGAGAUGGCCCACUGUCCUGGUCCUGGCUAAGGAUCCCUGGAGUGCUGCAGCGUCUGGGCUUCACCUACUUUGUUCUGUCUCUCCUGCAGACUUUCUGGGGCCAGACAGAAAUCCCAGAGAGAGCGUUCCACUGGAGGAACUCGGCUCAUGACAUUUGUCUCUAUUGGCCCCAGUGGCUGGUCAUCAUCGUGCUGGAGAUGCUGUGGCUCUGCAUCACUCUCCUCAUGCCCGUACCCGACUGCCCCACCGGUUAUUUGGGAGCCGGUGGAAUCGGUGAUGGUGGACGUUACCCAAACUGCACCGGGGGUGCAGCAGGAUACAUCGAUAGGUGGAUGUUUGGUGACAACAUGUACAGAUACCCCACCUGCAAAGGACUGUAUCGCACCGUGCAGCCCUUUGACCCAGAGGGGGUUCUGGGUACAAUAAAUUCUGUUGUUAUGGGAUUUCUGGGGAUGCAGGCGGGGAAAAUUAUCAUUUUCUACAAAAGAAAAACCCUCCACUGCCUCUGUCGCUACCUGCUGUGGGCCGUCAUCCUGGGAGCCUCUGCAGCCGUCCUCUCUAAGUGCACGCGAGACGAAGGAUUUAUACCUGUCAAUAAAAAUCUUUGGUCGUUGUCCUACGUGUUGUGUAUGGGCUCAUUCUCUUUCCUGUUGCUCGGAGUCAUGUACUUCAUCAUUGACGUCAAGGGCUGGUGGGGCGGACAACCCUUUUUAUACCCAGGAACAAAUUCCAUCCUCGUGUAUGUCGGCCACUCUCUCCUUGGUUUCUACUUUCCCUUCAGCUGGGAGAUGCACUUCCAGGAAAGUCACUGGGAGCCGCUGCUGCAGAACCUGUGGGGGACGGCUCUUUGGGUGCUAAUUGCCUAUCUGCUCUACAGGAAGAGGUUUUUCCUGAAAAUAUAAGCAGGCUGACUCAUGCUGCUUCACUUUGGUUGUUGCUUUACGGUUUUUGCAUCUGUAAAAACCAACUUUAUUCACUGCAGAAGGGUUUGUGUUUCAGAGAAGCUCCAGUUUCCUCCCACAGAGCCUCCUUACAUCCACAGGAGUCCUAAACUAUUAUCUAUAACCGAAACAAUCUUCCUAUGUAGCGUGUGUUAGAAUGAAUAAAACUACACUUUUAUCUAGUUUUUUAAUAAAUUACUCUUUCCGUCUGUAGCGCAGAAGAAAGGGAAACCUUCCAUAAUAACCAUUAAACCACCAGUUCAUCUCCCAACAAAACAUGUCAGCGUGUCCACGUCCUGAUUUACUUCUUGGCACAUUUUGUGCACAAAAUAAAUUGAAUAAAUUAGAUAUACUGAUGUGGUACUUAACAAAUUAGGCCAAGUGAUUCCACUACACACCACUAGCCAUUAUGAGACUGUUGCCAUGGCCACUCCUCCUCUUUGUGUGUGUGCGCGUGUGUGUGUGUGUCUGCCAUCUGCUGUCCACAGGACAAGACUUUAAUAGGGGUCAAGAUGCACGGCUCACACAGAGUGUUGUUAAUGGGGCUGACACUCAUUGCAUUAGAAAAUCAGGAAAAUUAGCUCAGCUCGUCAGACGAAGCUCAUUUAAUAUCCGAACCCUUGUGGUGUUUUUACGUCGGACGUGUUGAAUGCUUAGUGAUGAUGGGACUUCCACCGUUUAGCUGAGCGACUUGUCUGGCUGAGCAGGUCAGGUCACGUGUGCAUCUUGUGGAUCAUGAAUUGACGGUGCUUAAUAAAGUGAAACGACAUCAGACUGCUCUUCCUGAUAGAUAUUCUAUUACACACUCCUCACCAGCUGUAAUAACAUCAUCUAACGAGCUGUGGUGGAUCUGGUCUCCUGAAAAGAACUUGUCUGACUCCCGGUAGGAGCGCCCGGCUUCCUUGGACGAGACUUAAGCUUGUAAUUGCUUUUCCAAACGCCGGUAAUGGAAACGUAUGGCUGCUGCUUCCAUAAGAGGAAAAUAAAAUCAAUAAAAUCA